AUGAGCGACGACUGGGCAUCAAGAAAAGUACUUGUCACCGGAGGUACUGGGUUUGUGGGUGCUGCUAUUGUUCGGGCGCUGUUGGAGAAACAUCCGACGUGCGCCAUCACCGUCAUCGACCGAAGACCCCCGCGGCCCCAGCAUGACUUGCCAGAUAACAUCGAGUACCUUCAAGUAGACGUGACAUGGGCAGCAGAAGUCAAUGAGGCACUCGAAGCCAUUCGGCCCGAUGUGAUCAUCCACACCGCUGGUAUUGUUCCGGAUCUGGCGCAUCGUUUUGGCCGCGAAUUAGAACAGGAAGUAUGGAAGAUCAAUGUUGUAGGAACGCAGAACAUGUUGGAUGCCGCUGUCCAAUUCGGUGCUGGAGUAUUCAUCUAUACAAGCAGUUGCUGUGUGGUCAUUGAUGAUAUGCGAUUGCCCUAUCGCAAUAUUGAUGAAAGUUGGCCGACAUCGUCAACGAACUCGCUCAUCUAUGGGGAAUCCAAGGCCACGGCCGAGGCUUUAGUUCUCAAGGCAUCAAGCGAUAAGCUGGCUACAUGUGCCCUUCGCCCCUCUGUACUAUGUGGGCCGGGUGACUAUCAACUGGUACCAGCCAUACAUGCAUGCAUUGCCAAAUUUGAAACCCCGUGGAUCCUUGGGGAUGGUCAGAACCUAUGGGAUGUCACGCAUGUGAGCAAUAUCGCAGAUGCCCACGUUCUCGCCGUCGAGAACCUCGUCGGGUCCCGAACUGCGGCCGGGGAGGCCUUCUUCAUCCAAAAUAAUGAGCCGAUCACUUUCCGUGACUUCUGCCGGACGAUCUGGGCACAUUUUGGGCACACCCCUCCCUUCGAGGUACAUAUUCCUGAAUCGGUGGCUUACUACGCCGGAUGGAUCUGCGAAUGGACUAGUUGGUUGACCGGCACGACCACCACCUUAUGCCGAGGAAGUGUCCGCGAUGCGUGUGCAGUCCGCUAUGCUAGCGGCCGCAAAGCCAAAGAAAUUCUGGGGUACGAGGCCCGCAUAGGCAUGGAGGAGGCUAUCCGGUUAAGCUGCGAGGAAUACGCCCAUCGCAUUGGCACGAAGCUGCCAGCCCAAGUACUAUGA